ACAUAAGAAAGCAGCGGCGGGUGGAUAAGAUGCGGUUAAACUGGACUUGUAGCUCAUUAAAAACAGCAAACAGGAGGUGUUAUCACAAACUGCAGAUGUCGCACAUCUCCCACGAGGUUUCACCAUCUCGCGUGUCAACUUGUCACACGGUGUGAGUCUCGCGCUGUUUCUGAAGGGGCUCUCCCUGUGGGUGUCACAGGUCUGAUGCUGCAGCUGCUGCUUCCUGUAUUGAAGCAGCACCACACAGAGCCAGAGCCGCUCCGCUCCACAGCCCCACGCCCCGAGCUCAAACACGGAGGAAUUUGUUGCGGCCGUCCUGCGAAGGAAAACCAGCCGAGUCGGUCCCCGGUGUAGCUGCCGGUUUAACCGAGGCGGCCCGUUAUCGUGAGUGUCCGCACGUCAGACUGAGAGCCGCAGGGCACGAUUUUUCCUGGUGCUAGCUAGUAGCAGCUAGGUGGCUAAUGGCUAAUGCAGCAGGUAGAUAACCCAGAAAAAAAGCAGAAAAAUAGAAAUGUGUUAACUCCAAAAAGCUGUUGAUGCACCGGAAAACGACCUGAGCACCUCGGCAUGAUAUGAUUUACCCAAACAGCUGACUGACAUGCCACCGACAGUAUACUAACUUUGCUAACGUUAGCUAGCCAAGUUACUAGCCACCAAGAGCAGAUCCUGUUGCUUUUUGAGACUGAGUUUCGAACAAGGGAAAAAGGCUAGAUUAGCAGCUUCCCAGCUCACUGGAGGUCAGUGCAUUAUUUGACAAAGUCGUUUAGGGUGAUUAUUGGAAAUGCCUGCUAAAAAAAGACCCGUUCCCCUGAACAUAACGCCCAUCGGGGAGGGACAGGCCACCUCCAACACCAUUGAUGCUGCAUCUGAAGCCAACCUCGAGGCCUUACAGAAGAAACUGGGUGAGUUGGACUUGGACGAGCAACAGAGGAAACGACUGGAGGCCUUUCUGACCCAGAAAGCCCAGGUUGGGGAGCUAAAGGAUGAGGACUUUGACCCCAUAUGCGAGUUGGGUGCUGGGAACGGAGGAGUGGUCAACAAGGUCCGCCACAAACCCUCGGGCUUGGUCAUGGCUCGCAAGUUGAUCCACCUGGAAAUCAAACCUGCCAUCAGAAACCAGAUUAUCAGAGAGCUGCAGGUGCUGCAUGAAUGCAACUCCCCUUACAUUGUGGGCUUCUAUGGGGCCUUUUACAGCGAUGGGGAGAUCAGCAUCUGUAUGGAGCACAUGGAUGGUGGAUCCUUGGACCAGGUCCUGAAGGAGGCCAGAAGAAUCCCAGAGGAAAUCCUGGGAAAAGUUAGCAUAGCUGUAUUGAGGGGAUUAGCCUACCUGCGAGAGAAGCAUCAGAUCAUGCACAGAGAUGUCAAGCCCUCCAACAUCCUGGUCAACUCUCGCGGGGAGAUCAAACUGUGCGACUUCGGUGUGAGCGGCCAGCUCAUAGAUUCCAUGGCCAACUCUUUUGUUGGAACGCGCUCCUACAUGUCGCCGGAGAGACUGCAGGGCACUCACUACUCUGUUCAGUCUGACGUGUGGAGCAUGGGUCUGUCCCUGGUGGAGCUGGCGAUUGGCCGCUACCCCAUCCCCCCACCAGACGCCAAAGAGCUGGAGUCCAUCUUCGGACGGGCCAUCAUGGACGGGGCCGAGGGAGAGCCUCACACCAACACGCAGAGGCCCAGACCACCGGGCCGACCCGUCAGCGGACAUGGGAUGGACAGCAGACCUGCAAUGGCCAUCUUUGAACUUUUGGACUACAUUGUGAAUGAGCCGCCCCCUAAACUGCCACUUGGUGUCUUCACCAAUGACUUCCAGGACUUUGUGACAAAAUGUUUGAUCAAAAACCCAGCUGAGAGGGCAGAUCUGAAGAUGCUGAUGAGUCACACGUUCAUCAAACGAUCAGAAGUGGAAGAAGUGGACUUUGCCGGCUGGUUGUGCAAAACCAUGGGCCUUAACCAGCCCAGUACUCCCACCCGCGGUACUGAGUGAACAGGCCCCCACUGCUCUGACACGCCUCUGGGUCUUGCUUGCAUAAACAACAAUAUACUGCACAUACACGUACACAAGCCAUCACACACACAGGCACUUUUUUUUCCAUCUCGCUCUUGGGUGAAACGGUUUUUGCCCCCUCCCCAAUUAAUUUCUUCACCAGCAGCAGGGCCCGUUGAGUCAUUGUACUGUAAGACCACAGCUUCACCAUGCCAGUGUCGAGUAGCCACAGCUCACUUUUCCACACUGCUCAAAGGAUGUAAAGCACUGAAGGGCUGCCAGUGUGUCAGCUGAAUUUGCAUUGAUUGAAAAACUUCUUUUGUAUUGUUGAAUAUACUGUAUUAAUCUUUUCUAUGGCAACGGUUGAUGGCUUGUGGGACUUGUAUUUUAAUAAAUUACCUGCUGUAGAGAUUUGCAAACGGAAGUCUGAACAUAGCGCCUACUUGCAAAUUCUAAAUUGGAUUUAUUGAAGAUGAUUGCAGCUCUUUUGAUUUAAAAUCCCUUUGUCAAAUGUAUUCAUGCUAAAAUGUUCUUCAGAGACCUUGCAAGAACCUCCGAUGUAAUAAUUAAAUUUGUUAGCAGAGAGUGCAGGACAAUUUGGCGUAUAAGGAGUCAUUUUCACUUUUUGGUAAAUGAGAGAUCACUUGAAAGAUCGCUCUGUGAACAAUGUCACAAACCAAAGAGGAUACUAAUGACAAAGUUUUUCAAUGCCUGGUACUUUUUUUUUCCCAUACGCACAUUCAUGAACAGUAUAUCAGUGUACUUUCAAUGUUUUGAUUUAUUUCAUUCAGUGAUCUACACUCUGAUUGUGUUGACAUUGUUUCCUCAACAUACAUUUUAAUGCACAUCCCACACAGUGUCUCUCACAUGGGAGGAGGCAUAUGCUGUGGAGGCCUGAUAUAUACCAGAAUGUCAUUAUUGACAUUGAGAAAACAAUGAUCAAAAUGUAUUCAUGGGAUGAUAUAGCAUGGUUUAUUAUCUUUCUAAUACUGUAUGUGUAUUUUGUUUCCCAAGAUCAUGAUGGGGAUGAUUAGCUGGUGUUUUUAUCAAAAGCCUGAAUCUCUGCAAUGUCAAUAUGAAAUUUCAAUCACGUUGACUAAUUUAAUUUUUUUUUUCUCUUUGUUGUUGGUCUGUACUUUCCCCUGAAGUGUAUUUUGUUAUGUUUUCACUGUACUGCUACGUGUGGCGCUCCAAGCUUUCUCUUGGGACACAACCAGUCUAGAGGCGUGCUUUUGGAAAAAGACGUGGGUUGAAAUAUGUUUGAAAACCUUUUCCCUGUGAUUUAACCCAAUUAAUUGUGGUAAAAAUACAACCCAACACUGAGUGGCACUUCAGACGUUUCAAGUAGUACAAAGGGUUUGACUGAACAUUUUAACCCAGGUCAGUGUUGCUCACAUGGUGGUGGUGGUGUUACUUGCUAGCCUGCCGUCUUGCUAGAGCUCUUGUAUUAUCUCUGCUUAUGGCUGCCCUUUCUUAUUCCCCCCAAAAUGUGCAUUCUUUCAGAGCAAAACGGAUGCAUUGUCACUUGUGUGUGUACAAAGCUAUAUACAAAAAUUACAGGAGUACUAUUUUGCAGUCUUAAUAUACAAAUUUUUGAUUUAUGUAAAUGACAAGGGAGAAGAGUCAUUUUAUUAUAAUAUAAAAAUGUGUUGGAUAUGGUUAUAAUGUAUAAAAAGAUUAAAAUAAAACUUAUUUGUGAACGUA